GACGGGGAGCAUCGGCUCCCGGCGAGGACAGUCUCCGGGCCGGAGCCGGGGCGAGGCGAGCGGCGAGGAGAGGGGAACGGCUCGCCCUGUCCCGUGAGGGGCGCCGGGAGGCACCCGGGCCCGCGCUCGGGCCGGCUCCGGGGCGCCGCCGCUCCGGGAGGGGACGCCCUGGCGGCCGCCGGGGCCUGCGCGGCUUGGGGGCGAGCGGGCCGCGGCGCCCGGCGCUGCCUGCGGGAGCCCCGCGGGCCUCGCCUCGAUCGCGGGCGGGCGGCGGCCCCGCGGCCCCCGUCCUCCGCUCCUUCCACUUCGCUGCAGAUCUGAGGCGCAGCUCUUGUAGCUGCCUGUCUGCACCGUGUUUCUCGUCAGCCUAAGGAGUGUCUCUGCGAUGGCGGCUUUCAGGCGCUCUGACUCCCAAGUCAGAGUAGCCUGGGCAAAACGUGAUUUUAGCUUUCCUUUUUAAUGCAGUCUACCAGUGCUUAUACUUGGAAAUAUGUAACACAUAUGGCAAUAAAAGCCUGUUUUGUUUUAAAGCCAAGGAAAAUAUCCAGGAAAUGAAGAAAGAGCUUGAUUCGCUUUUGCAAACAGCUGAGAAGGCGUUCACAGUGGAGCUGCUGAAGAUGCCAGUUGCCAUCAGGAAAAUGAAAAGAAAAGACUUGCUUAUUACAGAUUUGCAAGGAGGGGAGGAAGUGGCUCUUGCUGCUGCAGUGACUGACUGCUCUCUAGAAGAUAUACCAAAUCCAAAACUGGUGAGGACAAACAGCAAAAAAGUUAAGGUAACUACAAUUGUUGAAUAUGAAGAUGCCAAGCAUAUUUCUGCAAAGAAAAUAUCUAAAAAAGUUUCCAAAACAAAGUCGUUGGUUUCAUUGGCCUCUGGUUUAAAUAGCAAACUGAACCCUCUUUCUAGGUCUGUCCACUCUUCUGCAAGUGUGACUGAGGCCAUUAAGUCUCUUGCUUGUGAUUACAGUGCCACAAAUUUCAAAGCCACGCCAAAGGUAUCUAAAAGUGCUGGACUACAACAGGCUGUCUCAAGAACUGUACCUACCAGUGGAAGAGUUCAAGGCAUGUUACUAAGAAGUAAAUCAGUACCCCAAGACAAAACUGUUCCGUUUGUAAACAUUCCCCUUGCUGAUGGACAGACACUCUGUACGGCUGGUGGAGACCUCCAUAAUAUUGAUGUGCAACUACUAAAUCAAGAUACAGUACAGCAUAUUCAUAACUUAGUGAGUGAGCUGACUGUACUAUGUGGAAAGGCAACAGCUAAACCAAGUUAAUGGAACUGUCUUGUGACUACAGAAUAUUCAUGACAGCUCUUGCUUGCUGCCUCUGAAGUGUUUAGAGAAUGUCUAUAAUGUCUUAAUAAAGCUGUAUACUGCUCAGUAAACAUUUUUAUAUAAAAGCUUACAAUGUGAUGUGUAUUAAGUUCC